AUGAUCACAUCUCUCCAAUCCAAUGAGAUAGACAUCGGCAUUGGUCUCACAGAGGGUUGGGUAGCGGGGCUUGGUAAGGCCCAAGCCGAGAGCAGGUCUGCAGGUUACAGGAUGGUGGGAACGUAUGUGGAAACGCCGUUAUGCUGGGCGAUAAGUACGGGAGCCAACAGAGAGGAUGUGACGGGAGUGGAGCGACUGAAGGGGGCAAAGAUGGGCGUCAGCCGGAUUGGUAGUGGUUCCUACGUGAUGGGCUUCGUCCUCGCCGAUACGCACGAUUGGCUUUCCCCAGCCUCUACCUCAUCCUCCUCGGCAUCCGCGCCCUUCGACAUCAUUCCCCUGCAAACCUUCGCCAAACUCCGAGAAUCCGUCAAUGACCGCACCGCCGACUUCUUCAUGUGGGAACACUUCACCUCGAAACGAUACUAUGACAACGGCGAAAUCAAACGCAUCGGGGAAAUAUACACACCCUGGCCGAGCUGGCACAUAGUCGCUAGGCCCGGGGUUAUCGGAGACGAGAGGAUGGAAGAGAUGCUCGAGAAACUGAAUCUGGGGAUAAAGUAUUUUGAGGACCAUCGGGAGGAGGCGGUGCAGUACAUCAGCACUGAGCUGGACUAUUCGGCCGAGGAUGCGAGGGAGUGGUUGAAGACGGUGAAGUUUGCGGAAGAUGUCAGGGGUGUGAGAGGGAGUGUGGUGCAGGAGACUGCAAGCGUGCUGAAGAAAGCAGGGGUGCUGGGCGAGGACGCGAGGAUGGAGGGUAUGAUUGGGAUCCGGAGGAAGGAGUGA